CGGGAUUAUCAAUUGACUAUGACUAUCACCUAAUGGAUAUUCACGGCCCUGGUCCAUAUUUAAACGUUCGGCCUCCCCCCAGCUGCCUCGCUCUCCUUCCGCGUGUCAAGUCAAGUCGAGUCUCGACCAUUUCCCUCUUCUUUAUCUUCCUCACUUUCUUCCCGUAGAGGUCCCCGGCGGAAUUCUCUCAUCCCGGAAGUUCACUCGACUUUUUGGAAACCCUACCUCAACCUUGCCUUACCUACUCCCUCCCGGUUCAUUGUAACCCGAACCCUCUCUGAAACGUUAACGCACUAAAGGAACAAAGAACUGGUCGCAAUCAUGGAUGAGAAGAACUACGACUCUGGGUCCAAAGGGGCCCAGGCCACCGGCGACUCACUGCCGUCCUACGGAGACUCCGAGCUCACCAAGGGCAGCAUCGGCCAGAGAAUUAUUGAUAGCUUCAAGCGGGAUCCCAAUGCGCACGUUAACGGCGGUCACUCUGCUGGUGCCGAUGGCUCUGGUUUCGAUGCCGAACAAGCCGCGCACAACACCGCGCAUUCGCCGCUUCAGCGUCGCUUGAAGGGUCGUCACUUGCAGAUGAUCGCCAUUGGUGGUUCAAUCGGUACCGGUCUCUUUGUUGGUUCUGGAUCCGUCCUCGCUGCCGGUGGUCCGGCCUCGGUUCUGAUCGCCUACGUUCUCAUUGGUGUCAUGCUUUACUGCACUGUCCACGCGCUGGGCGAGAUGGCUGUGCUGUACCCCGUUGCUGGUUCUUUCGCUCACUACUCGACCCGUUUCGUUGACCCGGCCUGGGGUUUCGCUAUGGGUUGGAACUAUGCGCUUCAGUGGCUGAUUGUCUUGCCCUUGGAAAUCGUCGCUGCCUCGAUCACGAUAGACUACUGGAGUCCCGGUGUUUCGAAUGCAGUGUGGGUUGCUAUUUUCUGGGUGAUGAUCGUCUCUAUCAACUUGUUCGGCGUCCGUGGUUACGGUGAGGCCGAAUUUGUGUUUUCAGCCAUCAAGGUCGUUGCCGUUAUUGGAUUCAUUAUCCUCGGAAUUGUUCUGAACUGCGGUGGUGGCCCCGAAGGUGGUUACAUCGGUGGACGCUACUGGCACAACCCGGGUGCGUUCAACAACGGCUUUAAGGGUCUUUGCAGUGUCUUCGUCAAUGCUGCCUUUGCCUUCGCCGGUACCGAGCUGGUUGGUCUGGCCGCGGCCGAGACUGCCAAUCCCCGCAAGUCGCUCCCCGGUGCCAUCAAGCAGGUGUUCUGGCGUAUUGCCAUCUUUUACGUGGUCUCCCUUACCCUGGUUGGCCUCCUCGUCCCCUACGACACCGAGCGUCUCGUCACCGGUAGCUCGUCGGCCGAUGCCCACGCAUCUCCCUUCGUCAUUGCCAUUGAGAACGCCGGGAUCAAGGGUCUGCCCUCCGUCAUGAACGUCGUCAUCAUGAUUGCGGUGCUCUCCGUCGGUAACUCCUCCGUCUACGGUUCUUCGCGUACCCUUGCUGCUCUCGCCGAGCAGGGCCAAGCUCCUCGCUUCCUCGCCUACAUCGACCGCAAGGGUCGUCCUCUCUGGUCGAUUUUUGUCGCCUCCGUCAUUGGUCUGCUUUGCUUCUUGGCUGCCUCGGACAAGCAGACUGUCGCCUUCACAUGGAUGAUGGCUAUCUCCGGUCUCUCGUCCAUCUUCACCUGGGGCUCCGUCUGCUUCGCUCACAUUCGGUUCCGCAGCGCCUGGAAGGCUCAGGGCCACACCCUGGAUGAGCUGGCGUUCCGCUCUCAGCCCGGUGUCAUCGGUUCCUGGAUCGGCUUCAUUUUCAACUGCCUCGUGCUGAUCACCCAGUUCUGGAUUGGUUUCGCCCCCGUUGGCUACAAGGAGAAGACUGCCUCGGAGCUGGUGUAUUCCUUCUUCUCUAGUUACCUGGCCGCUCCCGUCAUUUUGGCCUUUUACCUCCCUUACAAGUUCUGGUAUCGUACCAAGUUUGUUAGAUCUCAUGAGGUCGACCUCGACACUGGUCGCCGCGACUUAGACAUUGGGCACUUGCUUGAACAGGAGCGGGCAGAGCAGGCUGCUUGGCCCAGGUGGAAGAAGAUCUACAAGAUCUUCUGCUAGAAAGUGGAAGAAGCUGGUCUCAAUUUCUUUUCAUGUUGUGCUGGUGGAUCUUUCUGUGAAAAAUCCUCCGCCUUGAUGUACUACCUUAGUCUUGUCAUCUCUCUAUCCUCGAUGUCUCUAUGAAUCCUGCCCUAUGCUGAUGAUUACGGGUACCAUAAUCAAGAAACGUUAUUGUUCUAUCAUUUCAU